UUUUAGAUCGGUCCACUGCCACAGCGAACUCGCCAAGCGACAAGAACAGAAGUUUAAACUUGGAAUCUCAAAAUCUUCAAGAUCUUCGACAGUACAUCAACUCCAGUUUUCAAAAUGCCGAAUCUCUGUUGGUGAAAAUAAUGAGAAUAACCUUGGAGGAACACGACUCCAGUGGUAAAGUAAGUAAAAGGCCUGGUCACGAGUAGCGUCGCCGUGGUUUGGAAACUGUUAAAGCGAGAACGGAUCCUUAUACUCUGGUAUGAUGAGAUGUGUUCCAAGGACAUAUGAAGCUUUUUUGGCAGGAGAGGGUUCCAGCGGCAAAUUCCAAAAGUUUAGGACAUAUAAAAUUUUCAAAACGACUUAAUUAACUCGCGCCAUGAAUGUCCAAACGUCGUGAAAUUUUCAGUAUACACUAAUUUGAGCAUGGCAAUUUCAAUUCUGAGGUUCAGUUUUGGCAAAGAUCUGUAGAUAGUGAGAUGAAAACUUGAUGGCGUCAAACUCGGAUCGGAGAAUAGGGUGUUUGGGUUUGGGAGAAUUUGAUUUGCGAAUGUUUGUACGCAUGUCUUUUGCAAAAUGUACUACUCUAAUGCCUCAAACCUAAAUAAAAUUUGCUUAAAUAAAGCCUUCAUGGCUGCAGAGUGGAGAAAAUAAUGGGAUAACCAGCGACUAAUCACCCAAGGAUUUUUUGAGUUAUAUCUAGCUCCACGACCACUGCCUCCGCAUGUGUUUUGGAAUUGGCCUGUAAUUUCAGAAUUCUUAAUUUUAGUUUAAAUUUGGAGUUAUAUAGUAGCCUCUUGAGCCAUGCCACCAAUAGACUACUGUUUAUUGGAUUCGAUUCCCAGCCGUGGUCAAGUCGAAUUCUCUGCUUGCCCGGCUCAUACUCGUAAGAAGAAAUUAAGCACCAGAACAUGAGUGGUUUAUUACACUCUUGUCCCAAUGUCCUUGCUUUCAUGUGAUAUCCUCGCGUUCAUGUGGUGUCCUCGCUUUCAUGUGAUAUCCUCGUUCUCAUGUGGUGUCCUCGCUUUCAUGUGACAUCCUCGCUUUCAUGUGACGUCCUCGCAUUCGUGUGGUUAUUCCCUCGUGUACAAUAGGGGCAAGGAUAUGCACGAAACAUGGAAAUAUAAUCUUCAUGUGUGCCUGCCACGCUAAAACAGGCAAAUGUGGAAACGAGGUCAUUGGGGCAAAAGUGCAAUAAACAGUAAAAUCUGUUAUAUUAGCAUGAAUGCUUUUAUAAGUCGUGAUAUGUUGAUGUCUCAAGGUAUUUGUUGGUAUUUGCAGCGAUUCCUUUUUUGCUUAUAGCUUGACGAGUUAAAGAAAGAGUUGGAAUCCUUGCGGACAUUAUUGUUUAAAAGUGUCAAGGUGUUGGAUCAUUUGUGGGCUGAGCAUCUUUCGUCCGGACCUACAUCUGCAGAUAGAUUAACAAGACAGGUAUUGUGCUGUGCAUAUCCUAACAUACCUACAUGUAAUUUAUUACGCCGAUUAAAAGAUUAUUUUAUGCGAUGAAAAUACAUUAUUUAAUGACUUUCAAUUAAGGUUGGAUUGUCGUGAAAUAACCCUAUUUUCAAUAAUUUUCUAAAAUUUCAGAACGACGAAUUGCGUAAAGAAAUCACAUUACUUAAAAAGAGAGUGCUCAGUCAAAGUAAAAUCUUGGAAAACACAGCAACCCGUCUUGAG